AUGGAAUGGGAUGGAAUAGAAAGAACGCGAAGCGCUAGCGCUAUAGGGUCGGUUUUUUUUUUGGGGGGGGAUAAGAAGGUGAAGAAGCAAGCUUAUCCCCGCCCCGACCGGCAGCUGCUGGGUCUCCCCAUCUCUCCUAAACUUCCCCCGGUCUUCGGCCCGAGCUGUAUGAGGCAGAAACUCGUCCCACGUACGGUUCGGAGGCCGAGCCCCACCCCAGCAGUAAUGGUGCGGCUUAGGUCAACUAACACAAAGAAGAUACAGUUCACUCAACGAUUGCCUUUGGGUUCCGAACUCCAUAUGGGGAAGGAGCGUUGUUGUUUGCGAGGUCUCGAUCAUUUACAUGGACCCACUUCUCAUUCCAUUUGUGGGAAUUUGAUGAUCUAUAAACCGUCCCUAACGAACGAUCGGCUCAUGUUUGAGCAUGAUGAAUCACUUCGUGCCGACCUGUUGCCAAUAAACUUUCCGGCCUCAUAUGAGAAUGGAAAACUGGAGCAUUUUCCGCAUCGGUGGAUGAAGAAUCGCGAACAUAAUAAUUUCUGGUUGACCAUGUUCCCAGAAAAAAGAUACUUUUUUUCUAUUCGAGAAACGACGAGCACGACUGAAGUGGCUAUACAUACAAAUCCAUUUACGGAUCUAUAUGCUCCGAUUGGAACUGGAAGUUCCAGAACAGGCGGCUGGUAUACCACCAUAAUGAAACUGCCUUUUCUUUUUUGUAUUCGGAUAGGAUUUCUGUUGGCUUCGUCGGGAGGCUCGCGUAGUUUGUUACGUCAACUCCAAAAGGAUAAGUUGCAUUGGAAUCGAGAAAGUUCCGUGGAGUUCAUAAUUGCAUAAAAGGAGUCAAAGUAGUGGCUGCGGCGCGUCGAGGCACUUCUUCGACGGUCCCAGUCCGCCCGGCCUGCCGGCCCAUGAAUUCUUCAGAGCGGGCCGGCAGGCGGGCGAGACAGAAUGGGCGGGCACUACUAACCAAGCCAAGCCUAGUUCUCGCCGAUAGGCGCUGGUAGCUUGCUUCCAAGCCUUGCCUUAUAUAUGAGUUGUGGCAAUGAGGUAGGCCCGAAGGAGCCUUAAGCACGAAAACAAUGCUCAAGUCAAGGCUCUGGGCAACGAGUGGGAGGGAAGGAAGGCAGUCAAAGAACUACUCGCUAGGAGGCUGCUGCUUCAGCUUGCUCCGUAAACUGAACUCGCUGCCCAAGUAGUUCGAUUAGUUCCGCCGUAUCCUACACUCGCCUGCUUGAAAGCCAAGGCCCCCAACACCCAUCCUUUCGUUCACUACGUUCCUCUAUAUAGCCGCCUAAUCCCUUCGCUGUCGCUCACUGCAUCUCGUCUCGUUCUCGAGCCUGUGGUGUGUAGGCAGCGCAAUAGCUUCUGAAGCGAGCCAACAUGCGAGCGGAGAGAAGGAAGGGAGAUUGAUGAUUUUGCCUACUUCGAGUACGGGUAGUAGGUAGGUUCUAAGAAAAUAAGAAUUUGCUUGAAGAUAAGAAGAGAAGAAGCCGAGAAGUACUGAACCUCGCCCCGAGAACCAGAAGUACUUCUCGCCGACAACUAGCUAAGGGGGGACAGAAGGACAGACAGAUUAGACUCGAGAAGACUUGCUACGUCGAAGGCAUAGUAGAGACAGACUGACUGACUCAACGAAGAGCCCUAUGUUGAGUAAGGGGGGAGUGACUCCGUUCCUACUGAACUAGGUUAAGUCGGUUCCUCCUUCAUCACGUAGUUCAGUCUAAAAUCAAAUCCCUCCUGAACUCGUUCACUUCGUGAACUGCUACUUGUCUCCCGCACUCUCGCCUGGAACUCCACUUUCCAACAGUCCCGUUGGGGCCUAUAUAUAAAGGUGAAUUCAUGAACGAGCCUAUAAACCUGCAUGCAAGCGGCGACUCCCACAUAAUACCUAAGCCUAUAACUCUUUCCUACAAUAAUACCUCAGCCUCUAUCGGAACUCGAAACCCGAACAGCAGCGACUUCGUCCGUCCAAGGGAAACUCCUCAAAACAAAAGGCCACUCGUCUCUAACCCUUUCAAAAACUGGUUUUUUGGUUUGCGAGAGCCACCUAGAAGUUCUCUAUCUCGAAAGCCGCCCCCUAAGGAAGUAAUCCAUAGGGUUGGUGUGGCCGGCCCUAGUUGCCUUGAUUCACACUAGUUGUUUCCAGUAGCUCAAAUCCGGAUUCCUCUUGAUGUCGAAACACCCUACUACUCGAAAGCCGAAGAAAGAGCCCAGAAGAUCAGAGUAGAGUAUUGCCUAUCAUAGGUCAGGGGGAGACUGAGGAAGUCUUUCAUUUAGCUGUUCGAGAAGAGACGGAAGGAAGGAACCCCAAAACCCUGAUCUGACUGACAGCUAAAGGUAGGUAGCCGACUAACGUCGACGAGUCUCGAGCUCUAGACGAAACGAAGUCAAGCAAGAGUACUAUAGCCCUGAGUGAAAUGGAUAAACACUUCUGAAGGAGUUCCCACAAUACCUGUGAAUGUCAACUUCACUCUAAGGGAGGCGCUGGUACGCUGCUCGCCAAUACCUCCACUCGCCUCUUUUAUAUAGAGGACUACACUCGCUUAUAGGCUCGUUCAUCAAUUCACUCGCUAGGGAGGGAUACGGAGGGACUAUAACGAACUACGUGAGAGAAGGAACAGAUUCUUUCUAUACCUGAGACGGGAACAAGCCUAAGGGCCCUUAUUUCUAUCAAGCAGAAGGAAGAAAGGAGCAUCACGAUAAGGGAAAACAAACGAAAAAGCCUAACAGGGUCCUCCGUUCUAGCACUCAAAAGGCGUCAGGUUCGUUCCUUCUUUGAUCUCGAAACAACGUUCAUUCAUGAACGGUGGAUACACGUUCCGUGCCACGUGUCUGCCUAUAACGCUUGUCUCGUUUUCCCUGUGUAGGCAGCUCGUUAGAAGUACUAUUGAUGACGGACGGGCACCUAGUAGUAGUAGUUUUGUGGGAUUCAUUGAAUCUUUCCUUCUUUCUAUUCGUUCCGGUAGCUAAUUAGUAAGUCGGUAUUCAUCCGUCAAUCCGUACUCGGAACUUUUUUGUUUGAAUCCCAGAUCCCUAUAGUUAGUGCCUACCUGCCUUAGCCCCUUCCCUUCGAAUAGUCCGGUAGCUAGUACAGUUCUAUCGCCUGUGGUGUGGAGGAUACGGAGCUAAUGGAACUACUUGAACUCCGCUCUAUGUGUCCGUACUCGAGAUAAUGUGUUCCCCUUUUUCGAGAUAGAUGACAAAGAGAUCUGAAGCAAGGGAUCCCUGAAGCAGUCAUCAGACUGAAAAGCAGCCUUCCGAAAGAGGAAGUAGCUAUUUUAUGACUCUAAUCCAGUCCAGAGGUUCACACACAAACCACACCCAACCCAUUCACUAUCUAUCAAAGCAAACAAAGAAAGGUAAUGGUUGUGCUCUCAGUGGAAUUCACUAAUGAAUGUGAAUACCGUCCAGAAAUUCUUUCCUGCUCACAAGCACCAGCCUAACGGUAUUUGGUACAGUGCAUUUACUCUAAUAGGGCGGGGUACAGUGCCUUCGUACUAGGAAAGAGUGUCUAAUUCCCCCUUCCCCCUUUUCUGAAUCAGUACUCAUGCCUUCGUUCCGUGCGACUCCACUCGUUCGUAAGCCCCCUUAGAGAUAGGGGCGAGCCGCCUUGUCUACGAAGCUUCGCUGCCCAGCAAGCAAGAAGAAGAUGCGCGUACUAAGCAACCAAGCAACGGCUGAGCUAGCUGAUCUACGACCAAAGAAGCAAGGGUGCUCUACGAUCAGCUCACAAACCUAUUACUAAGACGCGUUAGCAUGCUUUGACGCGGGAGCGCGCAACUAGGUUGCGCGCUAACGCCCGUUUAUAUAGCGGUAGGCCUUUUCUUGCUGGGCUAACGCGCGCUUUUCUUUUAUAUAGGGGUAAGGCUUUUCUUCGCUUAGUAAGUUUCUUCGCAGGCUUCGGGAGAACUUGUAGAAGGGAGAUGUAACCAUUUUUAAAACUCUCGGAGCACGCUUCACACUAACCUCAUCGCUUUUUCUCACACGAGUUGAAAUCGAAAAAUAUAAGAUUUCACGGCUCCCUUGCGGGAUGGGAAGGAUCACCCCACGUCUUCAGUGCCUUGCUCAUAAGUGGGGCGAGGAGAUGGAGAUCCGA